AUCUGUCGGCAGCGCAAAUUCUUUAUCCCCUUAUGCAAUGCGCGGAUAUAUUUUUCUUGAGGGCUGACGUGUGCCAGCUCGGUGUCGACCAGAGAAAAGUCAAUAUGCUAGCACGAGAAUAUUGUGAUCACUUAAAAAAAAAGCACAAGCCUGUUAUUCUCUCUCAUCAUAUGCUUUGCGGUCUUAAAGAAGGGAAAACUUAGUUUUUUAUAUACCUUUUUUUUUUAGUUUUUUUUCAAUAAUUACAGUGCUGACAUAUAUAUUCAUUGAACAAUAGGGCAAGCAAAGAUGUCCAAGUCUGAUCCAGAAUCUUCGAUAUUUAUGGAUGACAGCGAAGACGAUGUCGCACGGAAGAUCCGCCACGCUUAUUUUCCCUCUCCCGUGGAACUGUAUCGUCGAGGAUCUUCGAAGCAACCGCCUGAUCUGGACUCUUCAAACCCGUGUCUGGACUACCUUCAGUAUAUCAUCUUUUCCCAGCCAAAUGCUACCUUUACUGUUUUUUUUCAAGACUCGCCUGUUGUCUUCGAAAGCUUUGAGGCAGUGCGAGAGAAAAUUUUAACUGGAGUUAUUACGGAGGAAGUACUGAAAACCUCUCUAACGCACGCCAUAAACGCCUUGUUGCAACCAGUGAGGGACUACUUCCGGAAAAACGACCGUGCACGCUUCCUUUUAGAGAGCGUCAAGCAGUUUUGUGAGAAAAAGCCAACUGCACCUAGCAGUCCUAUCAUGGACAUUAAGCUCACUUGCUUAGUUAAGGCCACUGAUACACUCAUUGCUUUGGUCGUGGCGCCUUUCGCCCAAUCAGAUGUUACUUUGGCGGAUUGUGUCUCGCUGAUUCGCUUGCUUUUUGAAGCGACAACCAAUUAUCGUGUUGUUUUGUUAAUGCCGGAUUGGGGCUCUUUUUCUUUAAAUGCUUUAAAUGGCGAUAUAAAAGCGAUUCGGGCUUAUUAUAAAAUUUUUACUCGAGCCGUUAGUACCCUUUGCCCAAACGUUCUUUCUCGUGUGGAAGUAAUACUGCAAAGCGCACUAAUUCUUUCUAGCGCGGGCGAUUACUGGACUACUGCGAUCCAUAUUGGCAGAAAAGUGCCCCUCCAACGCCUCGUCGCUGUGAAUGGAGAAGAGAACAUGUGUGCGGGCUUCGUCGUGAGUGCUCUGCUUUUCGUUUGCGAUGUCUUCCAAUGCCGUGCGUCAGCGAUAUUUUGUUAUUCUGCGCUCUUGGAACGUCUUGCAACGUUGGCUACCUCUUUUGCUGAAGUUCAUUUAAAAGGCGUUUUGCUGCCUCCCAAAGUUGUCCAUAUUCCCAAAACUGAGUUGCCUUUAAGGCAUUUGCUUGAGGACUCCCCAUCUAACUCUGACAAUCGUAUUUCUCUAUUCGAUUCCGCCACUGAUGUCCACCGGAAGCUGAAGAGGUCCUUUUGCGAGCCUGGAAAUAUUAGCUUUUGCCCGCCCCUUCUGCUUCUGGAGCACGUCGUCUUGUUCUUAGAAAAACGUUUUUGUGUACAGCGCACACUGGAAAACGGUGGCGAUGUCCUUUAUACUAGCGCUCAACAAGCCUGGCAAGAUUAUGAGGAAUAUGCUUUGCAUCCCGGUGACUUGAAGCCUUCUAUAAUUACUUCUGUGAAUUCCAUUUUAGAACCCUUUCGGGCUCUAAUAAAAGAGAAUGAGUUUAAAAAAUUAGUGUUAUGUUACAAAAAUUGUAUUAAGAAGAUUGCCACUCAUUAAUUUUGGUUCUUUUU